AAAUGAAAAUGGAAUUCAAGUGGUUGUGUUGAAUUCGAUUUUCUCCGAAACUUAUAACUACAUAAAACCCACUUCAACUAUCAAGUAUUACUAUCACUAUAUCACUAUUAGUCACUAUCAAAAGAACACUUACAAAUAGAAAACUAGAAAAACAAAAGGAAGAAAACAGUUCAAGAUCAUCAUGCCAUUCGGUCCAACUCACGAUUUAAUCAAACUACUAUCAACUUGGUCAUUAAAUGCUUACUUUCAAUCUAUCAUCUCAACUAACUCUCAUCAAGUUCCAAUCGAUCAUCCUAUCAUCGUAGCAAGUAAUCAUUGGAAUAUGAUCAUAGAUCCAGCUUUAUUAUCAACUCAACUCACUCAUGGGAUCAAAUUACAUUAUUGGGCAAAGAAUACACUUUUUAAAAAUCCAAUCAUUCGAUUCCUCUUGAUCGAUUCAGGUAAUAUUCCAGUAGAUCGAACCACGAAAAACAAUCAGUUACUCUUUAAAGGUACAUUUGAUGUACUUAAAUUAGGUGAAGCAGUAGCACUUUUUCCGGAAGGUACAAGUUAUACUGAACCAAGAAUCAUGCAAAUCAAGGAUGGAAUCGGAUGGACGGCAUUAGAAUAUGCCAAGAACUUAAGAUCUACAGGUUCAAAACUUUCAGGUUCGAAAGAAACUGCCUUAGGAUUAAGUUCAUUACCUCAAGAUUCUGAACCCAAAGAUGUGAAGAUAGUGAUUGUAGGAUUAAAUUAUACAUCCAAGACUCGAUAUAGAUCAUCAGUUCAAUUAGAGUAUGCCGAACCGAUUGAGAUUUCCAAACGAUUGAUCACGAAAUUCAUGAGUGAAGAUGAAGGUGAUGCGAAAUCAUCGGUGAAAGAAUUGAUGACUGAAGUGGAUUCUAGAUUAAGAUCUGUGACGAUCAAUUCACCUGAUUGGGAAACUCUUUGGUGUGCUGAAUUGGUUAGAGAAUUCAUUUGGGUAGAUGGUCAUGGUCCAAUGCAACAUUAUAGAGAUCAUAUGCAAAGGUUAAUCAAACUCUUUUCGAUACCUGAAGAAGAUUCAUUAUCAUCAAAACCGAGGAUGAAAUUAAAAUCACUGAAAACUCAAUUAAUCUCUUACCAUCGUUUACUUCAAACUUAUCAAACCAAUCAUCAUGUUUUAUUCAAUUCGAUUCCAACCCAAUCCGAAGAAACUCAUCUCAUCCUUCAUCAAUCUAAACUGAUCUUGAGUUUUUUGGUCUUUAAAUUACCUUUUUUUAUCUUACCUGCUUUCUUUCAUUUACCAAUGUAUUUGGGAUCUUAUUUAGGUUCAAGACUUCAACGUAAGUCCUUCUGA